AUGGAUCCGACGACGGAAUCGACGGCCGAGGAAGCGGUGGACUCUUCGGAUGCCAAUCAACUGCCAAACAAUGAUAACAACACAGACAUCAACGACGAAGAAGUGGACCAAAAGCCACAGAUCAUGGCUUUCAUCGCCGAAUGCGAGGAACGCCUGAAAUGCAAACAAAGCCAAAGGGAGGACAACAGCAAAGACAACAUC